GCAGACUACUUGGUUGGGGUCCGCAUGACUACCGUAGCCGGUGGUUAGAGACUAGGUGAAAUGGCUCAGAAUCGACCACAAUGGCGUAGGUGUAAACACUUCGUAUUGCUUUAAACCGUGGGACUGAAAUUACUUUAUUUGUUUCCUUCUACGAACAAAUUUCUUAUUCCAUGUGUCAUAUACGUACGUGCAACCUUUUUUCUUUAUAUUACUACCAUUAAGGUAACUGCUUCUGUGGAAUUAGUUUUCAUCUUGUUUUGCUGGGGUAUGAUAACUUGGAUCUAAGCACAUGUGUACCUGGUCUUAUGUUGUACAUGACCGACUAACCUCUAAAUUCACAAACUUGAUUGUUUUCAAUUCUGACGUGUGUGGGUCACUUUGGAACUUGAGAUAAACCUUAAUAAUUCAUAUGUUUUAUAUUUCUACCGACACAUCUCUUUUAGGACGGUAUUCGAAGCUCCCUGACUACUUGACGUUUUCCAAUCUAUAAAAAUAAACUUGAGAUAGCUUUGGAGCUUUUGUGUUAGUUUUAUUCGACCAGUUAGAUUGUAAACACGAAUGUUCUCAAUGCAUCCAUUUUAGGAUGUCGAUUAGAAUUAAUCAAACCCUUGAAGUAAAAACAUCAUAAUUCAUACGAUUUCGAUCUUGAUUUUCCCCACUGUUCUUUUGAACGAACAAAUUUUAAUAUUCACCCGUAUAAUCGGUACACAAUAAUGUCUCGUUGCAAUCAGUUACAAUAAUGUCAGAUGUUGAUGCAUAUCCAAGGUCUUCAGGUCGUGCACUAAGGAAUGAUUCGUCGGAUAAACUACUUAGUCCAUCUAAACAGGUUAGGUUCCGCCCGAAUGUAAUCACAAAUUCCUCUGAUCAUCUAGCUGAUAAAGUGUCCUGGGAUUUUACUGAAUCUGGUCUCGAUGAAUUGACCAAUGUAACAUCAUCUUUUGGUAAUUCGGACUCCAUUUCCAUAUUUCAAAAUCGUUACCCACCAGAUAAUGCGCCUACACAAAGUCACUUUGAUUCUAAACAAACAUUUCAUGAUGUAUCUGAGACGAUGGAAAAUAAUGUCAAUAAAAUGUCUGAUCUUUCUGUGAAUACUGAAUAUCACCUUAAAGGCAGCUGCCAAAGUGUUUCAUUCCUCAAAACUACAGAUCACCUCCCUCAGCAGCCGUUAUCAUCCUGUGGUCAUGUAUAUAGUCCCAAAAACUGUCCUUCAUAUGAGAAAAGUUCAAGUGAACAAGAUCCCAGAGAACUACCCAGCUAUCCUUUUACGCAUUCCGAAAGUCUGUCUUUGUCAAGUUUGACAGAUUUAAGUUGUCUGGAUCCAGAUACAACUUCUUUUUGCGAUACAGGCGAUGCGACUCUAAAUUUUUCACAACCAGUCUUCAAUACAACGAAAGCCUUAGAACGGGAGAUUAAAUCUUUGUCUAAGAAAGUCAACAGUACUUCCAAAGAGCAUCCCACUGACGAAAUACGCUUAGAAGCGGAACGUAUUGUAAAUGAAGCUUGCAAUACUCUUCCCGCUGGAGAUAACUCUAUCAAUCCUUUAAUUCUCAACCCAAGAAUCACUGUUAAUAUACCUGAAAAUGUAUCUAUGUAUGAAAAUCUUAUAGAUUUGACAGUGGAUGAGUCGGAAAUAGUACGUUUGGAGCGUCAACGAAUUGCAGCCCAGCGUAAACGAUUGAUUGAAGCGAAUAGGAAACAAAAUAUCAAAGUUGAUGAACCUGAACCAGAUUUGUUGGAAUUUUUCGAUCCAAACCGUCAUGUCUAUCAGUCAGUCAAUUUACAAUCGAAAGGUAUGCGAAGUUUGCUGCCUACCUUGCAUUGUGCUUCUGAUGAUUUGGUCGAUGUGUUCCAACAUAAAAUUGCAUAUGAUUACUCUUUUUGGCUAUGCGAUACUUGAAAUGGCUAAUUGUUUGUUUAAGGAGGAAGGGUGGUUAAUAAUUGGCAUCAUACCCCUGAUUGUACAGUAUUUCUUUAAUUUUUUUUACACGUAUUGAAAUAAAAUAAAGUCCGGGAAUGAAAUAAUUGUGAGAAUCCAUAGAAAUACGUGAUAAAAUGAUGUUUCAAUAUAAUGUUUUUCAGUGUUAUGAGUUGUUUUGGUUUUGUGUACAUCUUAACUUCUAUGCCUAAUCAUGAACUAUAUCAGUCAGAACUAUAUAUGAAACAUUGAACAGUCUAUUAAAAUCAUAAAAUCAAUACGCUUUCCGUACGUUCUCGCAUUUACUAUUGUAAAUCAGUCAUUCGUAUUCGCUGUUUUGUGAUGUGCUCAAACGCAUCAGGACCCAAGACAAUUCGAUAAUAUGUUAAUUUUUACGUUAUGGGAUACUAGGUUCAUGCAUAGGAGACAGACACAUCCACUCCUUCAGUCAUAAGUUUUAACAAACAAUCCAGAGGAAUAACUAAACAAACUUAUCUUCCUAAAUUAUAGGAUAUGGAAUUUAGAAUCAUUAACAAAGUAGAUUUCUAAAUACUGCGUUAACUAAUGUGCAGUAUUAAACCAAACAAUCUAAUACUAGUGAAUUGUAUAUUAAUAUCUCUCAGGACAAAGAUGACGUCACUUCAAUGUGCAAACAAGUGUGUUUAUUACCUGUGUUUGGUGACGCAUACUGUGUCUUAUUUGUUAUUCCGAAGUUUCAGUUAUGUUGGCUAUUACCAUUUCUAGUUUGCCAAUUUUCCUUCGUGUCCACAGAUCAUGUCUCAUUUCUAUGUAUACUGAAUUCCCCUUCACGUUUGUCUUCUUUGAAUAUCAAUGUUUCUUUAUACUCUUGUCUUCU